CUCUGCACAAGUUUUGAUAAAUCUCCCCCAUAGAGAUCAUUCCCAGUAUGAGAUUUAUUCCCCUGCAGUCCAUACAUCCCCAGCCCGUGCACCUUCUCAUCCUCCCCUUCAGAUAACACUUAUCUUCUCUGUGAGGUCCUUCUCCUGUGCAGACCUGCAUCCUUAGAAUACAGAGCAGGGGGGAGGGGAGGUGAGGAGCUGUGUACUCAGCUGGAUGAGAUGAGGGGGCGUGGCUUAUUCCUUUCAUGCAGACAGAGAGGGGAAAAAAAAGCUGUGACAUCUUGUCCACAACAGACUCAGAACUGUGGACAACAGUAAAAGAAAACCCUCUGAACUACAGAACUUCCUGCCCAACAAACAGCAAACCCCUUUACCACGAUAAGCAGAGGAUCUCUGGUAUGAGAGAGUACAAGAAAAUAUCUCUUGGCACAUGAUGUCUGAAGCCACUGGGCAUUCAGUGGGGUUUCAUGCAUGCAGAGAAGCAAACUGCACAAUGAAGAUUGGAAUGAUUGCUUCUGGGAAGGAAGAAAAUAGUACAGUGGAUAUUAAAAUGGACAUGGAUACAUUACAUUAUGUGCCUGGGGUGACCACAGCUAGCAAUGAGAUAUUCCCUAAACCUGAACUUAUUGAUAUUACAAAGCUUAUAAGUGUCCAGGUGAUUCUAAUCUUGGCGUACAGUUCCAUUAUUCUUUUGGGGGUCAUAGGAAACACCCUUGUAAUUUAUGUCGUAAUCAAGUUUAAGGCAAUGCGCACUGUCACAAACUAUUUCAUUGUCAAUCUGGCAGUGUCCGACUUGAUGGUGAACACUCUGUGUCUCCCAUUCACAUUGGUUUACACUCUUUUGGAUGAGUGGAAGUUUGGAACAGUGUUGUGCCAUUUAGUAACCUAUGCUCAAGGCUUGGCAGUGCAAGUAUCAACAGUUACUCUUAUGGUAAUUGCCCUUGACAGACAUCGAUGCAUUGUAUAUCAUCUAGAGAGCAAAAUCUCAACAAAUAUUUGCUUUGUGAUCAUAGGCAUUACUUGGUCUUGUAGUGCUGUGCUUGCCAGCCCAUUGGCAAUUUUCAAAGAGUACUCCCUCAUUGUUUUUUCACCCGAUUUUCAAAUUCAAGUUUGUGCAGAAAAGUGGCCUGUAGGACGUUUCAGCUAUAGUACAAUCUAUAGCAUAUCAAUGUUGCUGAUUCAAUAUAUAUUACCCUUAAUCAUAAUAUCAUUUGCUUAUAUAAGAAUAUGGACCAAACUAAAGAACCAUGUCAGCCCAGGAGGAGGUAAUGACCACUAUCACCAAAGACGACGUAAGACGACCAAGAUGUUAGUCGCUGUAGUAGUGGUGUUUGCAGUGUGCUGGUUGCCAUUCCAUGCCUUUCAACUUGCAAGUGACAUUGACAGCAAAGUUUUGGAUUUGAAUGAAUAUAAACUUAUUUAUACAAUAUUUCAUGUGAUUGCAAUGUGCUCUACCUUUGCCAACCCAAUCCUUUAUGGGUGGAUGAACAACAAUUACAGAACGGCAUUCCUCACUGCUUUUAAAUGUGAACAGAGGAUGGAUUCGAUACACCCUGAAGUUUCAGUAGCUUUUCAAGCCAAGAAGAAACACUUACAAGUCAAGGAGAUUAAUGGACCAAUCAACAACUGUCAAAGCACUUGUACACAACCUACCAAUGUGUAAUGCUAGAACAAGCUACUGUCACAAAAAAAGUAUACUUUACAAAGACAAAGUUAAAAGUUAGUGACUUCAAUGUCAUUAUAAGGAGAGAACAGAUACAAAAUCACAAUGGUAAGGUGAUGCUGUUUCCUUAAGACUGAAAAAGCCACUUGACUCUAUUUAGUGGCAACAUAAAUUUAUAUAACCGUGAUGUUGGAUGUUGGUGUGUCUAAUCCACAUUUCCCAUAAUGUGCCUAAAAACAUCAAUGAUUUCUUCUUGUAAAAUGGUGUAUUGGUUUUGUACUCAUCAGUCAUUGAAUAAAAUUAGAUGGUAUGUACUUGCACUUAAUGCCAACUACUGGAAAAGGGUCAUGUUGAAAUAGGCCUAACCUUAUGUCUUAAAACUAUACCUGGGUCGGCUGAAAGCCCUGUGACUGUUAGCAGUGUUUUUCCUUUUUUUUUUUGAUGAUUAUAAAACAGUGCUAAAAAGUAAUUUCUCAGUACACUUGAUGUUUAGCCAUAGAAGCACUGAAAUAAGUUAUCAAUAUAAAAAGCAUUAUAAGGAUGUAUUUACAGUAUAUGAUAUAAAAUAAAUGUAUUUUUUGCCAUGUCUUUACUUGGAUUAAGGUAAAACUGUGAUCAGGAUAAAACCUGGCAUAAACCAGUUUGACACAAUUCAGUCAUUAUGCAGUAGUUGUGUGGUUCUCUGCCACACCAUUCUGCACUUUGUGAAUAUACCAUAAAGGCAAUUCGUUUCAGCUUGUUUUUACUAUUUUUAUUUACCAAUAUUAAUUUACUAUAGAUAUACAUGUAAAUGUUGUAUAUUACAACAGUAAGCAUACUUCUUAUGUAUGUACAAUUUUGAAUUAUUUACAUCUGUUUAUUAAUGUCCGUUUUUCAUAACAGUGCAUGUAGUGCGAUGAAGUGAUCUUUAAAUCAAUCUAUUUAUCUGGUAUUUUUAUAACAUAAGAUUAGUUAUUUUAUGGUACUGCUGUUGUAACCUGUACAGAAUUAUUUUCCCAACACAUGCCAGUAAAACUGCUUGCAUGAAUUGCCAAAGUUAGUAAACUGCAGUGCCAAAACCUCUCCAGCUUAAUGUAUGCUGUUUUAUGCGAUUACCAUAGUAAAUAUACUGAACUGCAGAAAUCGAAAUUUUGUACAUGAGCGGUCUCAGUGUCACGUCUGAAUUAUUCAUUUGCACUAGAUUUUUAUUCCCAGUGGAGGUACAAUACAUUUUGGAAGCACAGAAUCAAAUGUCCUUCAAAAUUCUUUCGCAAUGGCAAAAUUCAGCAUUUUUUUUCACAUAGCUAAAAGUCAUUUCCUAAAAACUGCAUGAAGAAAACUUGGAAGAAGAAGCUACUUCAUAAUAUUUGAUCUAUGUCUAUUAUAAAUUAAAGCAACCAAUAUAAUACAAUAAAAACAACUUACUUUUACAUUUCAUGAUUCUUCCUAUAUACAUAUAUUUUUAAAAUUUCUUUACUAACACUUAGGCCUGUUGUAUUUUUAUUAUACUCGGCAUGGCCAAUAGUCAUUUUCACUAUACGUUAAAUAUUAAGCAUCUAAACUUUUUUUAUUUUAUUUUUUUAUAUGUUUAAGCGUUUGUAUGUGAAGGUAACUUUAUCUUUAUCAGUCUAUAUUACUGUCUAUACUCUACUUCAUGUGCUGUUUUCCCACUUUACGGGAUAGCAAAGAAACAACUAUUAAGAAUAUGACUCUGCGUCUGUUGUGAAACUACAAUUCACAUAAUACCUUGAUGACCAAAGGCUACAGGGGCACACUGGGACUUGCAAUUUUGCAACAAGUUGGAGAUCCUGCCAUAAAACCUUGUUUUAGUGGCUAUAUGGGGCUCUGUGCUUUAAAAAAAUAAUAAUAAUUAACAGCACAAUAUAAUAUCCAUUCAGUUAGUGUUUUACAUAAUAACACCAAUAAUAAUAAUAAUAAUGCCAAUAAUAAUGUUGUACAUGUAGUAGUUAACAUUAACAAUAACAUGCUCAUCUGGAAUUAAUAGAGAAGGGAACAAUAAACAUGGGGUUUCUGUUAUGGGGUUUAUUGUGUGAAAGUGGUGCAGUUUUCAACCAUCGCCCGAGAACCUUUAUGUCAGCCCAUUCACAUUAAAAUGGCAUACACAAAUCGCUGGACACUAUGAGGGGCUUUUAUCAAAUCUGUACUUGCUUCUUGUUCAUAAAAAAGUCUUACGUGGAUACAGCACCAAACAGCUGAGGACUCAAGCUUAUAGAUGGAGUGAGACUUUAAAGGGGUACUCCGGUGAAAACCUUUUUUCUUUUAAAUCAACUGGUGGCAGAAAGUAAAUUACUUCUAUUAAAAAAUCUUAAUCCUUCCAGGACUUAUUAGCUGCUGAAUGCAACAGAGGAAAUUCCUUUCUUUUUGGAACACUGAUGACAUCACGAACACAGUGCUCUCUGCUGCCAUCCCAUUUUAGCAACCAUGCAUAGCAGGAGCACGCAUAGCAGGAGCAUGCAUAGCAGGAGCAUGCAUAGCAGGAGCAUGCAUAGCAGGAGCAUGCUAAGGGCAGCAUGGUGGCUCAGUGGUUAGCACUGCUGCCUUGCAGUGCUGGGGACUUGAGUUCAAAUCCCACUAAGGACAACAAUAAAUAAAGCAUUAUUAUUAUUAUAAUAACGUCAGCAGAGAGAACUGUGGUCGUGAUGUCAUCAGAGAGCAUUCUAAAAAGAAAUAAAUUUCCUCUGUAGUAUUCAGCAGCUAAUAAGU